UGAACGGCCGCGCUUGUUUCGGCUUCGGCGUUUUCUUCGUCGUCGGAUUGGCUGUUGUGGCGCAGCAUGCACUGGCGGUGCUGGAGCCAGCGGACCGAGCGCGUAAGCGCCGCGCACUCGAGAGCAAACACCUCAUGUAUCUAAUGAGCUUGUUUGCUCUUUCUGUUCCUUGCAUGGUUUCUCGUGUUCGCAUGCGUCUUCGGCUAGAUGUGAUGGGUGCCAUAGCCGUUGACGGUAUUCUGGCCACUGGCAACAACUAUGGGGAGGGAUGCAUUUCCACUGCUUCAAUUGCUUUCUUCUUGUGUGGUAUUAUUACAUAUAGGUCAGCAGGAGCAGCUGCCACCGACGAAGAUGGAGGCGAGGAUGGAUUCCGCCAGUGCACCUAUCGCGAAUGCCAGCAUCUUCGCUUCCGUCGGCUCGCUGGCGACCAACGCGGGUGGGAAGGUCAUUGACAGUGCCCAUCACUUCCAGCAAGAUCAAGCCAGUAACUGUCAGGACUGCAAGCCCGGUGGGUGCUCAUUGCUUCUCUCGCAUCUCGCUGUGAUGAGCGAGGUUCUGCUGCCUCCUGCCUGUUUGUCUGUUUGUCUGUCUGUCUGUAGAGUGCAAGGUAAGACUGCAAAGAAGGGGCACGCGCUGGAGCAUCCUAUCGGCCGACUAUUCGUGCCGGAGGGGUGAUAUCUGUGAAGUCACCGAGUGCGAAGGAAGGGGCUCCGGUUGGGGGGUGACAAGGUACACGCUGAAGGGGAUAUGUAUCCACCCCGAUCGUGUAGAGGCCAAGUGUCAGAGCAUCGAUUCUAGGCGCACCUUCGGCGGCAGUGAGCACCCCUUCUGCGUCUCACAAGACCCCCGCUUUCGCGGCGACGGAUGUGGCUGGGCCGAAGACUGGCAUGUCGUGUGUCGACGAUUGCCAUAGCGUCUCGAGACGGCAUUUACUUCUUCAUCCACCCACGGUGCCGCCAUUGUUCAUUCGACCAUGUACAAGCCUUGUGUGCGACCAUUCUAUGACCCUCUCCACACUCAUGCCCUCCGUCGAUGAACCUGUCUAUCUGCCUCUUGGCGUGUCCUGUAGCGUGGCGUGGACAGCUGACCGGUAACGUCAGAGAGACCAUUGAAGUUACGGCUGCCUAAGAAUUAAUGAGUGUCGAUGAGUGUGGACAGUGACCGUCCAUAUUUUACACACACAUUGAUGUGGAUGUGCACAGUUUAAUUGAGACGGACGAAGACAUCCCUUCGUCCCUUUUUCUCUUCCGUUUGUAGUUGUGUUGCGCUCUGUUCCUUUCUCUCCCUCUGACACAUUUCAGCGUCGGCGGGCAAACACCGGAAGGAAUCUCUUUUUUUCCACUUUGGCUCACAGAGGCAGGCAGAUCAAACCAAGCCGACUUACACAAUACUGUGGGCCUCGGAUAAGUGGGGCGCUGCUAAAUGGGAAAAACGUUAAAUUGGAAAAAUCUGUUUAUCCCCUGUUAAUGUUGUGCAUUUUACAAGCCGGUGUUGACUGUCAUCGUGAGCCGUCGCAAUGACCUGCACGUGGGCCAGCGUGCAUCGCUGAUCACUGUGAACCAAAUUUCAC